AUGCCACUUCUUCGCAAUUCGUCUUCGUCUGCCGGAGGUCCUCAAGGUCCGGCGCCUGCAGGUCCCAUUAACCCGGCCUUCUCGCACUUCCAAUCGGCCAUUCGUCAGCAGUCACUUUCCGGACGACCGUCUCCAGUGCCUCAGUUAGCGUUAGCUUCAGCGGCGAAAAAUCCGCUAACGGUGCAGAACAAUCCUCCGAAAUCGGUGAGCUCAGGCUCAAGUAGUGGUGGCUCCCUUUCGGCUGCACCGUCCAAUUCUAUCGGUCCUAAUCGAACCGCGGUUCGUCAGAAUCUAGGCUCGAGCUCGGGUCAGAGCAAGUUCGGGAGCGCAUCUACGACCGCACCGUCAUUUGUAGAUCGAGAACGAGUAACAAAUACGACAAGUUAUCUGCCAACAAGGUUCAUUGAUAGUUUGUUUGGCUUUAUAAUAUCUAUCUAA